GUACUACCUUCUAUUUGCUGAGGGACUAUAGUAAAAUCUUUCAAAUAGUUAUACUUCGGGGUUUUUUCCUCGCAUCGUUUGAGCUGGUCGGUUGCGCCGAGGGCGGAAUGGGCAACUUUGUCUAAGGAGCGAACGCCGUGAGGUUUGUAGGGGAAAGGCUGCUGAGCGGGUUUGUUCCGACACUGACUGGGUCUGCUUGCAAACCAAGUUCUUACGUUAGCUGAUCAGCUAAUCGUAAAAGUCACGUCACUUUUGGGACUAAUUUCUAAAGUUACGCCGUGCAGCCACGGUAUCGUGGCGCAAUGUGUAGCGCUAUGUUAUAACAAAACUUAGUGUUCUGUGAUAACGUGCGGGUUUUAGUCCAGCUUUUUCGGAAUCACAAAAUUUACGUUUCAGGCAGCAACAGAUAAAGCGCAGCCUUCAAACUACAAACAGUUUUACAGUGUUCGCAGUCUGUCGAAGUUUUAUCGGCAAAAAUGCAAUAGGGCUAAGACUCCGACAAUACUCCCCCGCUGACUUGGCGGCUCUGGGUUUAUUGCAAGUGAGGCCUGCUGGUCGGGCUUCCACCGGGCUUGAGUAGUGCCCGACGCCGCCUUUGAGCGGUCGAACUGCCGCAACUGACGCGGUCAGGCGCUGGGCCGGAGAGACACAUAAUGGAACGGAUGGAGGUGGACCAGUGCGCAGGCGCAGCUGGUGGCUCUGGAGGCGGGGCCCUUCGUAGAUCAAACAGCGCUCCCAUGAUCACUAGUGUCAGCAGUGAUGGCAUGACAGUGUUCAGCCCAAUGAACACUGCCCGCUACCGACGCAGUAGUGUCUCUGUAAACCCCAGCUGUCCUUCCCGGCAGGUUGUUCCUCUGUCUCCUUUUUCAUUGUCCAAUGAGAGAAUAGACCCUAAGAGACAGGAGGAGAAUAUGGAGAUGAUGCUCAGGGGAAGUCUACAGAGACUUAGUGCUUCCACCCUGAUCCCGGUACCUCCAGUCAGUCAAUGGCAUGAUCACACAUCAGUGGGGUUCCAGUCACAGGACAGUGGUGUCACGCCCAAUUCCUCCCCAAGCCCUACCAGAAGGUUUAGGCCAGCAGUGGGCUCUACUCUGAGAUGGCCUGCUCUGACUCCACUCAAGAGAAAAGGAGGGGUGGAAUCUGACGGCCCACCCAAGAAGCUUUUUGUUGCAGGGGUAACAGAUCCCACCCACCACACCAGUUACACUGUCAGUGUUUCCCAGGCGGGGACAGAUUCUCCAUCAGGAGGAGAUGUCACACUCUUUUCCAGCCCACAGGGCAGCCCAUUGUCCCUCUCUCCUCCUCCCUCCUUCACCCCUCACCAUCCUGGACAUUAGACCACCACCCCCACCCCACCCACCAGAGGACUGUU